AGUGCCAAAGGCUCCUCUGUGCGUUCAUUUCACACGCUUUUAGCUUCCCUGCUCCACACAGUUAGGUGACAAAAGCAGAUGCAAGACAAGAAUUUGGUUUCACCACAGGGCGGCACUGUUGGGACCAAUGUCAAUGCCGUGGAUUCGUCCGAGCCCAUAUGGAUCAGCUCCAUGAUGGAUGUCUCUACGUAGUCUCAAAGUGGGCGGGACUUUGCGCGGUACGGCCCUUCCAUUGGCCCCGUGCAGCUCGCGGCCGCAGGGGGGGCGCCUCUGAUCACAUCCAGCAUGUUUUGCACAAGAAAUGUCAGCCAGAAAGGGCUACUUUCUGCCUUGGCCCAAACCCGCCACAAUAAUGUCGUGUUCGGAGAGCGCGGCAGGGAACGCGUUUCUGGUGGAUUCUUUGAUCAGUGGACGCGCUGAACCCGCCGCGGUGCACUACAACGCGCCCCACAGCGGCGCGGCUGACGUGCCUUAUGGACUCCAGCACUAUGGAUACUUCCCAGGUACAGCCAAGAGGAGCGAAUCGGGCCCAGGGGCGUACCUCUCCAGCGUGGACUUGUACAUGGAAGCGCAGAGGUCCUGUCGCGUGGACCCAGACGCAGCGGCUCCUCCUUGCUCGUUCCCGCAGAACAUUAAAGAAGAGAGCGGUUACUGUCUGUACGAGCAGCCCAAAUGUCCCACAGCAGCUACGGCAGAAGACCUGACGUACUCCCGACUAACGUCCUCCGCGUGCACACUCAGCGACACUUCUGGAGGCGGCAGGGGCUCGGUGCCAGUGCCGGGCUACUUCCGCUUGUCUCAGACGCACGCACACGCUCAUAAACUUUACAACAGCCCCCAACCGAACCCUUCCCAACCACACUAUAGUCUGCAUGCCGCCGCUCCUGCCGCGCCUUCCGCUCCUGCCGCUUCUACUGCUCAUUUCCAUGCGCCUCCGAACUCCACAGCUCCAAAUUCGGCUGUGGAGGAGCAGCCCGCGGGCCCCGACAGCGCGGAGCCUCACGGGAGCGAGGAGGCGCGUGGGUCCACGGAUGGAGAAGACUCUUCAGCUGAGGACAACGAGGAGCAGGACAAAGACGCAUCAGCAAAGACCAAUAAAGGCGAAUCCAAAGGUGACAGCGCGGGGAACUGGCUCACGGCUAAGAGCGGCCGGAAGAAGCGCUGCCCCUACACUAAGCAUCAGACCCUGGAGCUGGAGAAGGAGUUCCUAUUCAACAUGUACCUGACCCGAGAGCGCCGCCUAGAGAUCAGCAAGAGCGUGCACCUGACGGACAGACAGGUCAAGAUCUGGUUCCAAAACCGCCGCAUGAAACUCAAGAAAAUGACCCGGGAAAACCGCAUCCGAGAGCUCACGUCCAACUACGGUUUUUCAUAGACGGCUGAUUUAUAGGCGCGCACUGACUCAAGCGUCUAAGCAGCAGCAGCCCCCAUCUUUCCCCAAAACACAACAUGGCGCUGCGAAGACGUCGUGGAUAGCUCUUGUCUGGUUGUUUUCUAAAAGCUCCUAUAAUGCAAUGUAUAGGAGGUGGGGGGGGCUAAACAAUUUGUACUCUAUACUGUCCCUUUUGGAGAUAAAUUAUACUUUAGAAUACCUAUAUACAUGGCUCUUAGAUCUUAUUCCUAAUUACGCACAAAUUCAAAUUGGAAUCGCAUGAUGUAACCCAAAUUACCUUUAAAUUCAACCAACAAAACACUUAUGAGUAUUACCUAUAUUUCUAAACGGAGCAAAAGGAGGAGAUGUUUUUAUGAAUGUAUAUUUCUCUGUACAUACAUCAUUGUGUUUUGUGUAAUGCCUAAUAAAUUAUCAGCUCACAUCA